GAGAAAAACAAUUCCAUUAUAUGUAAUAUUACUAUAAAGCUUUAUAUCCAUUUUAUGAAGAACUAAGCACACUUACCUAUAGCUAGCUACACCACGACACGUAAGCUGCACUCUUCGAAUUUUGUCAACUAAUUUUUCUUGAGACAAAGCUACUUUUUUUAAGAAAUUUAUUUUUUCUUAUAUACCAUUACAUAUUUCUGGAAAAUCUUCUGACUACGAAUUUGCCUAUUUGGUAGUAUCCAUUGUUUUUGAAACCUUUCUUUUUAGACACAAGCUUGAGUUCUUUUUUUUUAGUCACUUUUACUCUUCUUUUAUAAUUACGCAAAAAAUGUCGAGCCCUAGAAGAAGAAUUGAGACUGACGUUAUGAAAUUGUUGAUGAGUGACUAUGAGGUUACUCUUGUAAAUGAUAAUAUGCAAGAAUUCUAUGUUCGCUUUCACGGCCCUGAUGAGACUCCGUAUGCGGAAGGAGUUUGGAAAAUUCAUGUGGAAUUGCCAAGCGAGUAUCCUUGGAAGUCUCCCAGUAUUGGAUUUGUAAAUCGAAUCUUCCAUCCAAACAUUGACGAGCUCAGCGGAAGUGUUUGCUUGGACGUCAUUAAUCAGACUUGGUCUCCUAUGUUUGAUAUGAUUAACAUUUUUGAAGUUUUCCUUCCUCAAUUGCUUCGCUACCCUAAUGCUUCUGAUCCAUUGAAUGGUGAAGCCGCUGCAUUGCUACUUCGCGAACCGCAGACUUUUACAUUUAAAGUGAAAGAUUAUAUUCAAAGGUAUGCUAGCAAAGACCAGGCAGAUGUCUCUUUGGAUGACUCUUCAGACGACGAUACCAUGUCUUCCAUCGAAACAGAAUCUGAAAAUGAAGAAGUUACUGGUCAAAUGGAUGAUGAUUUAUAAAGCACAUGUUAUCACUUUGAUGAACGCUUAUGCAAGUGAAAGUAUCUGAAGAGAGCUUGCUCUGCCAGAAUGAGGUUGAAUACAAUAGCUACCGUUAUUCAACAUUGUAUAAUUCAAUCUUCAUGAUUAUGUUAUAUUGAAUGAACCUUUUAUUUCAUGAUGAAAACGAUCGUUGCAAAAAUUGGAUUGAUAUGAAACAUAUCAAUCGACGUUGAUGAAUUUAAACACCAAGUUGCAGUAAAAGUGCACUAAGUGGACUAUUGUCGAGUGAUGGAUCAUUUUCUAUCUCCCUGAUAUGUUGAAUGCACUGAUUAACUAGGACGACUAAUGCACAUGUUUCCUCGGAAACUUCCUGAUAAUGAACUUUAGAAACUUCAUCAUAUAUAGAAGUGAGUAAAAUUAAAAAUCGUUUGUCCUUAAUAAAUACCAUUUUCGAAAUAUAAUCAAAAGCAGUUAGAUGAAGACGCGAAUACUCUUGCAUCUUGAGUAUAC